CAGCCAAAACGCCGGCCUGGCCGUUCUCAUCUUUCUCUCUGCUUCUCGUAAACACUGGUCUUUAUUCAUUAAAUGUGCUUUAUUUUUAGCACUUGUUUUCGAUAUAAUCUCAUAAGAUCAGUGUUGAUUGAUAUACAUGUGUGUUUGUAUUGCUGUCAAUUCGUAAUUGCGAGAGAUAGACCUUGUAAAUUCAGCGAAUCGUAUUACCAGAAUUUAAGGAAUAAAUUAUUAAAUAUCAAAGAUGACAUUUGAAAUGGUGAAGUUUACAAAGUUGAAAACAGCGAUGGACUCAUCAUUUUGGGCAAAAUUUGCAGAAUUAAAAAUAGACAAAUUAAAAUUAGAUGAAAAGUCCAAGAUACAUUUAUGGGCAAGUUUCUCUCUUCAAUCGAUGAAUGAGGGAAGAACUAAUCCAUUAACUCUUGAUUGUACAUCAUUUAAUGAAGAUUUGGAUACAACUUCUCACUCUGCGAGAGUAGCUUGCUAUGGCUACAUGAUUAAUACAAAUACCUAUGAAGCAUUUAGGCAGAUAAAUCAUGAAGAGUUUAUUGACACCAUGGGCAAAUGCAUUAUCAAUAGUAUUAUAGAUGGCACAGCUUUGCAAGAGUCUUGGUGGCUUUCGGCAUUCUCCGUGUUUGCAUACUCAGAUCUAAAAAAGUAUCGGUUUUAUUAUUGGGCUGCACAUCCGACUCCUUUCACAUUGCCAGAAAUUUAUUUGGUUGAGCCAUCAAAAUUCGUAUCUGAUGGCGAAUUUACAACUAGUCAAAUAAAUAAAUUACAAACAAGCUUCCUUCAAUUGUAUGCACUAUCAAGAAACUUUUUCACAAUUUUUAAAUCUGGACAAAAUGAUCUAAACAUUGAUAACUUGUCGAAAGGAGUGGAAUAUGCAAAAUUAAGCAGCAACAAAGAUACAAAACAGGAGGAGAAUAAAGUAUACUUUGCAUUUUACGAUCCUUGUGCAAGUACAGAACCUGGAUGGCCCUUGCGAAAUCUUCUGUGUCUGUUAUUGUGGCAUUGCCCUACAUAUUGUUUGACACACAAUAUCAAAGUCUUAUCUAUCAGGAGUGAUAAAAUACAAACUGCAGUAGUAUUUACACUUAGAAUCAAAGAAGAUACAGACAUACAAAGUAUAAGGAAAGCUAUUUUUGAAGGUCAUUUAGUAGGUUGGGAAGCUAAUAUAAACGGAAAAAUGGGUCCUAAUGUCGCGGAUUUAUCGAGCACCAUGAAUCCUACCAAAUUAUCAGACAAAGCAAUAAAUUUAAAUUUGAAACUGAUGAAAUGGCGCCUUGUCCCGGAUCUAGAUUUGGGAAAGAUCAGUGGUCUACGAUGUCUUCUGUUGGGUGCUGGUACAUUAGGAUGUUCCGUGGCGAGAGUACUUCUUGGCUGGGGUAUUAAUAAUAUGACAGUCGUAGAUUACUCUAAUGUCUCUCACAGUAAUACAGUGCGCCAGAGUUUAUACACGCACGAAGAUGCGGUGAAACGUCGAUACAAAGCGCAUGCCGCGAAAGAUGCUUUACUUAGAAUACGCCCUACCAUGAAUGUGGAAGGUGUGAUUCUGCAUAUUCCAAUGCCUGGUCACGUGGUGGGUCAAAGCAUGAUGGAAACGACCAAGGAAGCUGUGAAGAAAUUGCAAGAACUCGUGAAUAGUCACGAUGUGGUGUUCUUGCUAUUAGACUCUCGCGAAGCCAGAUGGUUACCAACUCUCCUGUGUGCAGCGAUGAAUAAAAUAGCUAUUAAUGCUGCUUUGGGUUUCGAUUCGUAUACAGUACAAAGACACGGCACGCGUAAUCUCUCCGAUUCUUUCUCACCCAAUCUGACGGUACAAAAUCCUACAGGAGAAUAUCUUGGAUGUUAUUUUUGUAAUGAUGUAACUCAACCCGGAAAUUCACAAACGGACAGAACGCUCGAUCAACAAUGUACCGUAAGUCGACCGGGUUUGUCACAAGUCGCUGCGGGUUUAGCAGUUGAGUUACUUAUGGCAAUAACGCAGCAUCCGCAAGGAAUUUCGGCUUGCGCGCUUAUGAAUAACGAUAGCGAGGAUUGUCAAGCGAAUGUAGACAAUCCAUUAAUAGGAUUAUUAGGUGGUAUACCUCACACAAUACGGGGUUCACUUUGGAGUCACGAAAUGAAACUGACAAUUACACACAGAUUUCCGUUUUGUACGGCUUGCUCUAUACCUUUGAUUCAAGAGUAUCGAGAACGUGGUUUCGCUUUUAUACUCGAUGCUUGCAAUGUGCCAAAUUAUCUCGAAAAAUUAUCAGGACUCGAAGAAAUACUGAAAACACCAGAUUUGGAUGAGUUAUAUUAUACAAUGGACACUUCGAGUGAAGAUGAGGAGCCAUUAAAAACUGCAGUUUAAACAAGGAAUGCAAGGAGAGUGAAAAAAUUUACAUAAAAAACAAAACAUACAAGAUAUAUUUCAAUAGAUGAUAUAUAAAAUUUGUAGGUAAUGACAUAAUUCACAGACUUGCUAAUAUGAAAAUAACUAUCGUAAUUUUUAAUCAAUAUUUACUCGUAUUGUCAUCGUUUUAUCGUCGUUUUUAUAAAAUAUUUCUAUGUCAUUUUUAUGUUAUUGUGACUGAGAAGUACCUGUGAACAUUCGCUUUUGUGAAAGUGAUAUAUAUACAGCAAAGUUCGGAAACACUCUUGAAUAAACACAUCAAUAUGUCUCAUAUCUUAAUAUUAAUAUUAUAUCACUUUUAAAAAUAAAUUAUUCAUAUAAA